AUGCCCUCCACCGCCUUCAUUCUAAAGUGUUUAGAGUUCACUGACACAGGCGAGGAAGUCGUUCUGGUUGCCUGGAACAAGACUGAGAACUAUAUAGCUGCUGGAGGGCAGACGGGGUCUAUUCGCAUCCUGCUUCUAGACUUCAAUUCGUUAUCGGAGCAGGGCUAUAAUAUCUCUGAUCUGCGCACGUCUACUCGCAACGUAAGGAUUCUCAUGGAUAAGAAGCUCAGCCUUCACGAUAACGCACUUAUAACAAGCAUCGCGUGGAAUGAGAAAGAAACAAAACUAGCAACAAGCGAUAACCGAGGGCUCGUGUUUAUCUCCUCUACAGACACGGGGAAGUGGGUGCGGAAUCUGGUCAAUGACUCAAAUCGAGCAGCAGUUGUAACAACAACUUGGUCCCCGGAUGCUAGCCGCAUUCUGAUGGUCUACGUUAAUGGUCUGGUGAUGCUCGGUACUGCUUCAGGGCACAGGAUUUACAAUGGCACCAUCAACAAGGGCUCUGCCCCCAAGUUUGGGCUAAUUGCUAGUAACGCCAUCGAAGUGUUUAUAUUGGCGUGGGGAAACGCUAUUUGCUGCUAUAAUUUCAGUGGAGAGGAGGUCUGGAGCGUCUCUCCAUUGCUGGCAACAAAUAGCGAUAACCACUUCGUUCAUGGUUGCUGGGGGCACUCGUCAGAGUCUGCUCAGCUCACGGCUCUGAGUCCAUCACGCGAUCCUGCAUGCAAUGGCUCUUCUAUGCCGCAAAUUAAGAUCAACUCCUUCUCCGGGGACUCCAUGACACUGAUCGCCGUUACUUCAAAUGGGAUGCUCUGCGUCUACUCUGUACUAACAGGGGAGCUCCUAUCUUCUGUUUCAACCGAGAUUAUACCAGUUAAUGUCCAGUUGUCUCCAGGAAGUCACAUGCUCUGUAUUACAGGUUCUGUGCAAUCUUCUGACUCUAACUUCGGUUUGCAUCAGCUUAGAGGUAACCAGGGUGUCUCUGGAGAUAGUACUAAGCACACCGCAAUUGUUGUAGUCUAUAGAACUGCAGAUCUGGCCACUAUUUCACGGCUAAGAUUGCCAGAAAGAGUGGCUACCUCCUCCUCUUGGGACUCUACGGGACUCCGUCUAGUGUUAGCAGCGGGCAAGAAUAUAUACAUCGCCACGGUGCGUCCGUCCUACAAUCACUAUCUUAUGAAUGACGGGACUAUGGCAUUUACUAUGAGCAACUAUACCUCAACCAUUCUAAGCACAGCAAGCUUUGUAGACGAUACUCAGCGGCCCCCAAUGAAUGUAGGCGCCUUGUUCAGCAAGAAGACAGCAGAAGAGGCACCUAGCUCGGCGAUCUCUAGUUUUGAGGAGCGUAUCCUGGAUCGUGCACGGUGUAACGAGUGUGUACUCUUCUGGAAGCCCGGUUUGCAGGCUCCUUAUCAGCGAUGGCCGGCACGGAUGAUCGCAGUUGUAGGAUGCAAGAGCUACAUUGCGAUUCUAACUCUCAAAACGAACACCAGUGGCACGCGGAAACAUCACACGCAUAUCUGCUUUUAUACAAGUGUAUGUGCCCCGAUCUUCUCGAUAGAUCUCCCCUACGUCCCGUUUUACACUGCAGGGUCUGGGAACUAUCUUGUUUGCGCCAGCUCCAGUCGUAUUUCUGUAGUCGAUAUACGGGGUCUUGCCAAUGAAGCGAUAGGCUUGGUUGAUGCUGAAAACGUGUCGUACGUCUAUGAAUGGCAUGCUGAUUCUUACCCGUUAGCACAAGACCGUGAGCUGACAGUUGCUCGACUAACGGUCAACAAUCCGAUAGUGGGAGUUGCCUGCUGUGAUGUGGCCCUCUUCGUCGCUCGUCAGGAUGAGAGAGUCCAACGAUACUCCCUCCCUUCUCUUACGCUUUUAGAAACAAUGACCAUAAAGCCCAACCAGGAAUACAUGCAAACAAAUUGCAACGGAACGGUAUUGGCAUGUCUUCACGAAGAUGGAUCCCUUGUUUUUUACUACACUCAGUCAUACUAUUCAGAGUUUCUUUAUGCCCAUCACAAUCCCGCAGAGCAACAGCAACAAAAACAACAACCAGCUCCUAAACCACCACAGGCUCAGGCCCAUCUUACACUAUUGGACACAGAUGCGGAUACUGCAGCUGCGCUGGGCUUUGGACAGGACUCUGUUGUGGAGACAGAAAGCGCCCCAUACGUCAUUAAGAAUAGCGUUCUCAAAAAUGUCAAUGUGAGCUCAGGAGAGCUUCUUCAGGACUCUGCUCAGGCCAGAUCAGGAGGUGUGUCUACGAUUCCACCUUAUUCGCCAGAACUAAUUGGAAUCUGGGGUCUUGUCUUUAGCCCAGAGGACCCCAACCUCGUCGCCGUCUCUUCUCAGUACAAGGUAAUUGUUUUCCACCUUGAUACGCAGACAAGAGAGGACUCGAUUCAAACCUCUGCCCAUAUCAUAGGGUUCUCAGGGCUGUCAAUAAUUGCAUCAUACCUGGAUGAGGUCUCACACAAUAUUUCGUCUCUCGAUCAUGCCUACUACGUCUUAGAAACGCAGAUGUUGCGGGAGCUACAAGAGAUUAUCUUUGGACAGCAGCAAGCACCGGAGUCCUUUAAUCCCCUGGUCGAUGCUGCACUGAACAGAGGCUGCCUCAACAAGAACAUGAUAUCACUAACAAGUGACUCUAAGUCGGGCGUCCCCAGCUCUCUCUUCGACUCAGUCGCUCCGAAGACAAUCGCCAUCAAACCCGUGCGGGGCCAGCAACCUGUGGGGGAUAUGGUUGAUUCGGGCCUAGACGUCACGGCCAGCAACUCAAGCCAGCCAAGUACACAAACCAGCCAGGCUCUCUAUAGUAAAGACGGCCAGAUAUCUAUCAACCUGGCUGGAGCAGUUGAGUACGUGAAGAGUCAUCCCUCCGUUCACCUUUACCGGAUAGUGGCGGAGGCCAGCUUAAUUACUUUGCGUCUUGAGGUAGCAAGCUACUUCUACAUUCGUGCAGGGGACUAUGUCUCAUACAACUUUUGUGAGUCGCUCCUACGGCUGCAGUCGCAAGAUCAGAGGCGUGCUGAAAUGCUUAUGCUCAUCGGAAACUUCAGCUCUGCAGAACACGUAUACAAACAGGUUCUGGGACGUCCUGACUUGAUAGUCAAGACGCAGACAGACCUACAAAUGUGGCUAUCCAUUAUAAGGGCAGCGAAGCUAUCCCGCACUCCAGGUGGCAAUCUCCUCAUAGACGACAAGCUUCUCGAAAAAGCGCACAAGUCGAUUGGGCUAUACUACAUGCGCCAGCAACAGUAUGCAAUUGCUAGUGACUUUCUUCAGAAGUCCGGAGAUCCCUAUCUUUAUGCUGAAAGUUUGUUUGCUGCACGAAGAUACGCAGAGCUUAAGGCGCUAGCGGUUUCUCUUCCUGUGGAUGAAUUUGCAAACUGCAUUGCCAAGGUGGCUGUCAUGCUGGCGAGGCUCGGAGACGUAGAGGGUGCGUCUGAAGCUCUUGUGCGCGUUAACGACCCUCACAGCGCCGUCCACAUAUCAUUGCAGCUCAAACGGUUUGACAUAGCGGCUGCCAUAGCCGGAAAGCACAAUAUUCUACACAUUAUAGAUCGUGAACUAUCCGUCUACUUAAAGCAGUUGCUUGCUGCUGGUGACGACCAAGGGGCGUUAGAGUUGCUGCGCAAAACCAAACAGGGGGAGGUCAUUGCGGCAGUGAUUAUCAACUUGGUAUUAAAAGAGCUUCAGACGAUCUUUGUCAAUAGAACAUUUCCCAUGCCACCGGGCCUUUUUAGCAAGCUGCGUCGCAUUAUAGUCCUAGCUGGUAAAGAAGCCACCUAUGUGCAGCGAGAGCAAGCAAAAAAGAAUCUACAAGCACAUGCGUCUGCAGCGCCCGAUUGCAUGUUGACUGAGCAGGCCACCAAUGCUGCGAUAGACACAUUUAUUAAUGAGGAUGACAACUCCAAGGCUGUCCAUGACGUGAAGGCGAAGAAUACUGGUAAAGAAGCUAGCUCCUUGGAGCAUGAGCUCGAGAACGCCCAGUCGCGUCUGCGCUCAGUCCCUGUCAUAUGGCGCAUCGCCAGGCAAACCAGAUUCAUAGUACUUUCGUCGUACAUGCUUUACAUAGGCAAUCCCGAACAGGCCCUUUGGCCUGCUAUAGAGGCAGCAAACUACUACCACCGCACAAACGACUCUCAGAGCUCUGCUGAUCCGUGUAUCCAGUACCUAAGCCGCAUAGCCCUGCCAAUUGCAGCACAGGCAGCGUUGUUAUUUGGUGAUUUUGAAUUGGCAUCCAACUUGCUGGAACUUAUCGAAGCAGACACAGAGCUCCCGGCGUCUGAGCGGGAUCAGCUGGAGCAGAUGUCUGUGCUAAUAUACAGCGAAUACAAUAUCACAUCUGUCCCGAGCAAGCGAAAGGACAACUAUCAGAUAAACUGUGGUCACUGCAAUACACUUCUUCCACCGUACUGCGGAAUGUGUGAAAAGUGUCACUGGCAAACACCCAUUUGUGUCCGUACGGGGCAGCCAAUUAAGUCGGACAAAAUGGACAAAACAGUGCUGUGUCAGAUGUGUCGCUCAUUGGCCACCAUGGGUAAGACGCACCUAAGUGUUUGCCCUUUAUGCCAUGAACCUUAUCAGUGA